AACGCUUUAGGGACUAGGGGAAUUCGUCUGCGAGAAUGGCGUCCGAGGUCGCUGAAGAUUUUCCUUUGGAAGGCUUGUUACCUAAAAAAGAGACUGGUGCCUAUUCAUUUCUUUCAAAAUACCCAAACUAUGACGGAAGAGGUGUUCUUAUAGCUAUUUUAGACACAGGUGUAGAUCCAGGAGCACCUGGAUUACAGACAACACCAGAUGGAAGCCCCAAAAUUGUUGACUUAAUUGACACAACAGGAUCAGGGGAUGUUGACACUUCUAAAAUUGAAGAGGUUAAAGAUGGAGAAAUUACGGGUGUUACUGGUCGUAAACUUAAGAUUCCAGACACUUGGACAAAUCCCUCUGGCUUGUACCAUGUAGGAGUUAAGCCUGCCUAUGAUCUGUUUCCAAAGAAGCUCCAGGAUAGGCUGAAUAAAGAAAGGAAGGAGAAGAACUGGGACCCCGCCCAUAGAGAGGCUAUAGCUGAGGCCACAAGGAAGCUAGAGCAGUACGAGGCGUCCAGUUCUAACCAGGAUGAUAAGCUGGAAAAAGAAAAUCUCCAAAGUUGUGUUGACAUCCUGAACAAUUUGGAGAAGAAGUACAGUGACUGUGGACCUAUUUAUGACUGUGUUGUCUUCCACGAUGGAUCAACUUGGAGGGCUUGUGUGGACACAACAGAAAGAGGAGCUUUAUGUGAAUGUAAACUGCUGGCCAGCUACCAUGAAGAACAAGAGUUUGGCACCUUCAGCCGCUUAGACAUGAUGAACUACACUGUCAAUAUUUAUAAUGAUGGGAACACCCUGGAAAUUGUCACAAAUGCAGGGGCCCAUGCUUCCCAUGUGGCAGGGAUCACUGCUGGAUAUUUUCCUGACCAACCAGAGAGAAAUGGAGUGGCCCCGGGGGCACAGAUUAUAUCCAUUAAGAUAGGGGACACAAGGCUGGGAUCUAUGGAGACAGGCACCUCACUAGUCAGGGCUAUGAUCAAAGUGAUAGAGUAUAAGUGUGAUCUAGUCAACUAUAGUUAUGGAGAGGCAGCUAGCUGGCCAGAUUCAGGGCGUGUGGUAGAUAUACUGUCUGAGGCUGUAAAUAAACAUGGGGUGAUUUUUGUCAGCAGUGCUGGGAACAAUGGUCCCGCUCUCUCUACUGUUGGGUGCCCUGGAGGCACUACUAGUGCAAUGAUAGGGGUAGGGGCCAUGGUGUCCCCAGCAAUGAUGGCAGCUCAGUACUCCCUCAUGGAGAAACUGCCAUGUAACCAGUACACAUGGUCAUCUAGAGGACCAACACAUGAUGGAGAUCUUGGAGUGACAAUCAGUGCCCCAGGGGGUGCCAUUGCCUGUGUCCCAAACUGGACUCUGAGGGGCAAUCAGCUGAUGAAUGGAACUAGCAUGAGUUCUCCAAAUGCUUGUGGCUGUAUAGGACUUGUACUUUCUGGAUUGAAAGCCAAUGGCAUAGAAUACUCACCUUUUAGUGUGAAGAGGGCUUUGAUAAAUACAGCCACUGCUGUGCCAAACAUUGAGGUCCAGGCACUGGGGCACGGUCUUAUACAGGUGGAGAAGACCUAUGAUUUUCUUACCAAUUUCGCCAAAGAACCAGAGGUUAAGGUAGAAUUCAAACUCUCAAGUUCUGACGGAAAGAGAGGAAUUUAUCUGAGGGAACCCCAUCACUUCCGUAAACCUUACGAAACGAAGGUGUCAAUUUCACCGAGUUUCUUUGAGGACCACGUAGAACAGGAGGAGAAAAUAAACUUCUGUAUGCAGUUUAAUUUGACCUGUGAUGCCCCCUGGGUGCAGUGCCCCUCCCACUUAGAACUGAUGAAUGUUGAGAGGUUGUUCAGUGUAAAGGUGGACCACAAGGGACUCAGUGAAGGGGUUUAUUACACCGAGGUGAAAGGUUUUGAUGUGAAGUGUCUUGAAAAAGGCCCUGUAUUCAGAUUUCCAAUAACAGUGGUAGUACCAAGCAAAAUUGAUGAUGAGAUUAAGUGGGAGAAAUCUUUCUCGAACAUGCUCUUCAAACCAGGACAAAUUCAUCGUCAUUUCAUCAAAGUUCCUACGGGUGCUAAUAUUGCAGUAUUGAAUGUAGAGUCAAUUGAUAAAGAGAAGAGCUGCAGAAUGCUACUUCAUGCUAUACAAAAUCUGCCACAGCAUCAGUACACCAAACUGGAAUUUGAAAAGUUCAUCACACUGUCAGAUAGUGCAGAGUCCAAACAUGCAUUUAGAGUGGAGCAUGCUUCAGAUGGGGUGGCCAGGUACAACAUCAGGGCCAACUUAAGGAGAGAGGAACUCAGCCCUACCAUAUCACUGAAGACACUGGUACAGCCUCUCAGGCCAACGGAAUACAAGAUAAGGGUUCUACCCGGAUCUAGAGACACCCUGCCAGAGGAGAGACAUAUAUUUGCAUUAGAACUCACCUACAACUUCCACUUAGAUAAGGGAGGAGACGUAACUCCUAACUGCUCAUUCCUGAGUCCACUGCUGUAUGAGUCUGAGUAUGAGAGCCAGCUUUGGAUGUUGUUUGAUUCCAACAAACAGUAUAUAGGAUGUGGAGAUGCCUUCCACAACAGAUACACCCAGAAGUUGGAGAAAGGAGACUACACUUUGUUGCUUCAAGUUCGCCAUGAGAAGAAGGAUAAACUUGAACAACUGAAGGACCUGGUGGUUCAGAUCAAGUACAAACUGGCAUCUUCCAUCGCUCUGAACGUGUACAGCAGCUGGCAAAAGGUCUUUGAUGGAAAGAAGUGUAACAGUUUGAUAUUAGGGAAAGGUGCUCUGCAGCCAAUUUUUGUUGCACCACUUAGCUCAGACAAAAUUCCUAAAAAUGCCAAACCAGGACAGAUGUUACUUGGGACACUGACUCUGUUGAAGAAUGAACCUCUUACUGAAUCAAGUACUGUACCUUUUAAAUAUGUGAUAACUGAAAUAGCCAAGAAGGAUAACCCUAAGAAAGAGAAGAAGGCAGGCAAAGACAAAGGCGAGAAAGAAAGUGAAAAGAAGGAGAAAACAAAGGAAGAAGAGUACAAAGAGUCACUCAGGGACCUACAAAUCUCAUGGAUCUCAAAAUUAGAACCAGAUCAUUCCUUGUUUGACGAGUUGAGGAGUCAACAUUCAGGUCACUUACCAGUGUUUACAGCUAGACUUCAGAGUCUAGACAACCACAAGGAUAGGAAAAAUUAUCUGGGUGAAAUUAUUGACCUGAGCAAAUUCAUCAUCUCCAAAAUUGAUCAAAAGGAACUGCUAAGUUAUUAUGGAAUGAAAACAGACCCAAGGCCAGAGGCAGCUACAAUCAAAGGAGAGAAAGACAAGGAGAAAGAGAUGCUGAUUGACAGCUACUUUAGGUUAGGUAAAGCACAGGCCAGUGUUCUGGAGGAGAAGGCUAAGGAGGACACAGUGGAGGGACUGCCCAGCGUGACCUCAGAGGACAUGAAGGAGACCUAUCAGAACUUACAGCAGUGGAUAGAUGUCAACGAUUCCAAGGUGUCUUAUUUUACAAUGGUAUAUGCUCAACACAUGAAGCAUUAUGGCAGGGCUAUGAAAAUUCUGCAGAAGAGCUACGAGGAGAAACCAACUCAGGAAAUUGAAGUCACAGUGGUCAAAAUGUUUAAGGAGCUGGGCUGGGACCACUGUGUGAUACACCAGGAGAACUGGCUCCACUUCAGGUACCCCAAGACCUACAGACCCUUCUGAUUUCACCUAACCACUAGUCUUUCAUUGUCCUUACACUGAAUUGUGAGGAGUCACUGUAGCUAUAGGUAGUCUGAGGUAGGAAUUGUACAUUGUACAUGUAACUGAAUUAAUUUUAUACUGUAUGAUGUGUGUUUCCAGUGAUACUAUAUACUGUUGCUCAAAGAUUUUCUGUCUUUGAAUCUCUCUUGUACUGUACAUUUAAAGCUGCUUGUGAAAAUCUAUGGUUGUCAUUUAAACAGUUCUGUAUUAUGAUGAAUAGGUAUGGUAAUAUAAUGAUAUAGUUAUUCUGUUGAAUGUAAAUGUCUUAUUAUAUACAUGUAUGUACAUGUGCAUGAAUGUUUUGUUAGGUGGGUUUAAAAUAUUAUGUAUGUAACUUAAAUUUUUAUGUGGUAUUUAUUCGGAUAUUCACUGUCUUUAAUAGCAUGUAUAGAGGAGGCAUUAAAUAAUUAAACAUUUUGUGUUCUUUGUGAGGGGAGGGGGGGGGGGAUUUUAGACUUUGUUACAUGUAGUACAUGUAUGUGAUGCUUUACAUAUUCAGGUAAAAUAAUUUUUAGAGAUACAUUUUUACAUGGAUAUUCAUAUUACUGUAUGCAGGGAAGUAUUCUUUUUGCCAAAAUGACAGUUGAGUGUAUAUAAAAUGGGACAAAUUUAAAAAACACUGUUCUUAAACAGAACUGUGACUGGGCAAAAUUAAAAUGGGGCAAAAUUGUUUACAAGUGUGAAAGAGCAAAAAUUAACAUUGGGCUAAAAUAACCCUGUAUACAGUACCUCAAAUCUCAGAAAAUUGAUAACUGUGUUGAAACAUUUUAGUACAGUUGAAAUACUGAUUUAGGAUGUAAAAUGUGUUCUACUGAAUUUAGUAUUGUGCCUUUUUGUUUUAAACAUUUACUGUACAUUUGAGUACCUAACCUACAGUUCAGCUACUGUACAUUUUAGACUGUGAUUGACAUUUUUGCCUCAAACUUUAAUAAAUCACCUUGUUUUAGAUGAAUAUUUUAGACAUACAAACUUGCAGUAUUUGAUCCUGCCAACACAAAGCAUUGUGGGUUUUGUAAAGGUUUAAUUGAUGGUCAGUUGAUAUGCUUUUUUUUCUCAUGUCAAAGAUGGUUCUUUAUAUAAGGUUUAACAAAAUACACUGUUUUAAUACAUAAAACAGUGUACUGGAUCAUAUUGGUUUUUCUUUCUUUUUUUUGGGGGGGGGGGCAUUCAAAGGUUUAACCCAGUAUUUUAUUGAACCCAGUAAUUUAAGUAAUUAAUUAAAAUACUUUGGAAGAUUAUAAAUAUCUUACACAUAUCAAUUUUUUGUUAAAUAUGGUAAUAAUAAAUUAUUCUUUAUGAGUUGAUUAGAGUGCAGAAUUUCAUUUUUGCCACAACAACCAGAGAUAGACCAAUUAAAUGAUUAUAUGGCACUAUUGACUGUGAUAAGGAGUAAAUCACAUUUACACCAGAUCUGCUUUUAGAAGAUAUUACAAUGAGAUUAAUUCAUUGUCUGUUUUUAUCUUUGUAAGAAUUGAUUUUAAAUAGGUAUCUAUUGGUAAUUGUCAGAAUUUCUUAUACAUAUCUGUUGUAUUUCAUAAUUUUCUCAUGCCACCAAGCUUUGUCAGACUUUAUUUUUAUGGUUUAAUUUUCUGUGGAGUAUUGAGACUCGGUAUUUAUGUCACAAAACACCUACUGUAAACCUCAUUUGAAUUUCCCUCAUUAAAAAAUCUGUAUCUGAAUGUAUUGUAAUCUAAAUCUGAACUUUUCAAAGAAAAUUAAUGCAAUAAACAUAAUUCUUUUUACAUAAA